AUGGCAGAAGUCAUCGGCGCUAUCUCUGCUGUUAUUGCCCUCGUCGAGACCUCGAUCAAAAUCUACGACAGUGCACAGAAGGACAUCAAUAUAUCUGAGACAUUCAAAGCGGUUCAUCGACGGCUCCCUGUUAUCCUCGACACCCUUGCGACAUGCAAAGGCAAUCUCGAACCGAGAAAAGAUUCAAUACCCGAAGAUGUGGGUGAAGCCUUGGAAAAGACCCUUUACGAUUGCCGUACAAAAGCAAGAAACUUGGAGGAAAUCUUUCAGAAGAUCGUACCAGGCGAAAGUGAUACAAGGGAACAACGAUAUUUGAAAGUCCUCCGCAGACUCGGCAAGGGAAACAAAGUCGAAGAGCUUAUGUUGGGUCUUGCCGAAGACGUACAGCUCCUUGUCAAUCACAGCGCAGUCAAGUCUGCCAAUCAGAGUCAAAAUGCUGAGCUGGAAGCUAUUAUCGAUGAGAUGAAGUCUGUCAUCUCCGGACCAGACAACGAGAGCUCCACAAUGAAUUUCAGUAACCAGGGUGGGCCACAGACAAACAACGUCAAUCGCGGCAGUGGGCAACAAAUCAACAAUAAUGGGUCCGUUGGAACGCAGAACUUCGUUCAAAGGCAGAAAGACGACUUUAGCUUUCAUAAACCGGCAGGUGUCUGUCUCAGCCAAGCGCCCUACAUCGAUCCAGGACUCUUCGUCGGUCGGGGCUCCGAACUUGAUCAAAUCACAGAAUUUUUACACCCAGUUCAAGGCGUUCAAAAACAACAGCGUCUUGUUCUUGGAGGAAUGGGUGGUAUUGGCAAGACCCGGCUUGCUAUCGCUUACGCAGAGUCGCGAUCUGGAUAUUAUAGCUCGGUGUUUUGGCUGAAUGCAGCGUCCGAGGCUACACUGAAAGACAGUUUUCGAUCAAUCGCCAGCCUAAUCUUCGACAUUCAAGAUCCUCAACUCUUGGAGAGUAAGGAUAUUAUCGGACGUGUACGUCAAUGGCUGUCUCAUCCUGAUAAUACCAGAUGGCUAUUGCUUUUUGAUAACUACGACGACCCCGACUUGUUUGAGAUCAACGAUUAUUACCCACAUACUACAAGUCACGGGGCUAUUCUCGUUACCACCAGGUGGCCAGACCGCGUUGGUGGAAACAUUUUACAUGUAAAACCAUUGCAGGACAUCGCAGAUAGCCUGGCAGUCUUACAAACCCGAUCGAAAAGAGAGAAUGUUCAAUCAGACCUUCACGCAAAAAGGCUUGCAAAGCGACUUGCUGGUCUUCCACUUGCUUUGGCGACUGCUGGGACAUAUCUUCAGCGAAGUACUUUUACCUUUGAACGCUACCUGCAAGAAUACGAGAAGCGCUGGAAUAUUGAUCCCCGACGCCUCACUAAGCUCCAAGAGUACCGUGAUCGUACACUUUACACGACCUGGGAUCUAUCAUACGCUCGCCUGGAAACCGAGGACUCUGACGCGGCAAAUCUACUCAAAUUGCUGGCCUACUUCGGUAACCAGAGCCUUUGGUACGAGCUCUUCCACGAUGGACUUACUAAGGAAACUCCGAAAUGGCUUCGUGAACUUGUUGCAGACGACAUUUCUUUCCAGGGAGUAAUGGGAACUUUGACCGAAUACUUCUUUUUAGAAGUCCAUUCGACAUCAGAAUCAUGGAGUAUGCAUAACUGCGUGCAUGACUGGACACUAGCAGCGCUCAACAGGGACAUUGAUACGGUGUAUUACUGGUAUGCUUUCGACUGCGUCGAUAGGAGCAUGAGUGGGACUGAUCCGAGUUCUUGGGGUCAUAUCACUUUUUCCCGCUUGGCUGGUCAUGCAACACGACUAGUGCAACAUCGGUUCCUCGAAACGGGUGUGAUAUAUGAUCUUCAACCUGAUCAACUCGCUAAGGUCUUACGUGCUUCACAGUUACUUCAAGACCAAGUACAGCUUGCUGCUGCUGAGCAAAUGUACCUUCAGGCGCUAGCUGGGUAUGAGAAAGCGCUGGGACAAGACCACACUUCAACCCUUCGCACCGUUAACAAUCUCGGGAAUCUAUAUAGCGAGCAAGGCAAGCUGGAUGAGGCCGAGCAGAUGUAUGUGCGGGCGCUAGCUGGAAGAGAAAAAGCGCUUGGACUAGACCACACUUCAACACUCGAGACCGUCAACAAUAUGGGAAAUCUAUAUAGCAACCAGAACAAGCUGGAUGAGGCCGAGCAGAUGUAUGUGCGGGCGCUAGCUGGAAAAGAGAAAGCGCUAGGGCCGGAUCACACUUCAACCCUUACCAUCGUCCACAAUAUCGGGAAUCUAUAUAGCGAGCAAGGCAAGCUGGAUGAGGCCGAGCAGGUGUUCAUGCGGGCGCUAGCUGGAAGAGAAAAAGCGCUUGGACUAGACCACACUUUAACACUCGAGACCGUCAACAGUCUGGGGAAUCUAUAUCGUGAUCAAGGCAAGCUUGAUGAGGCGGAGCACAUGUACACCCGGACGCUAGCUGGAAAAGAGAAAACGCUAGGGCCGGAUCACACUUCAACCCUCGAGACCGUCCACAAUCUUGGAAAUCUAUAUAGCGACCAAGGCAAGCUGGAUGAGGCCGAGCAGAUGUAUGUGCGGGCGCUAGCUGGGCAUGAGAAAGCGCUAGGACCGGACCACACUUCAACCCUUCGCACCGUUAACAAUCUCGGGAAUCUAUAUAGCAAGCAAGGCAAGCUGGAUGAGGCCGAGCAAAUAUACAUGCGGGUGCUAGCUGGGUAUGAGAAAGCGCUAGGACCGGAUCACACUUCAACCCUUCGCACCGUUAACAAUCUCGGGAAUCUAUAUAGCGAGCAAGGCAAGCUGGAUGAGGCCGAGCAGAUGUAUGUGCGGGCGCUAGCUGGGCAUGAGAAAGCGCUAGGACCGGACCACACUUCAACCCUUCGCACCGUUAACAAUCUCGGGAUUCUAUACAGCAAGCAAGGCAAGCUGGAUGAGGCCGAGCAGAUGUAUGUGCGGGCGCUAGCUGGAAAAGAGAAAACGCUAGGACCGGAUCACACUUCAACCCUUCGCACCGUUAACAAUCUCGGGAAUCUAUAUAGCGAGCAAGGCAAGCUGGAUGAGGCCGAGCAGGUGUUCAUGCGGGCGAGAUCCCGCUAA